UGAUCAACACUGUUUUUCAUCACAACUUUACAACACACUCGCGCCAGCAACGCUAACAUCGCUAUUGCGUUUUUACGUGAAAAAUAUAAUUAAGUACAGUAAAAUUGUGAAAAAUAGUAUUAAAAAUGCCCAAAGGACGUGUUAGCAGUGUGUGGCAGCAUUACGACAUCAAUGAAGAAUGCGAAAACUUUGCAGUUUGCCGUUACUGCGGCAAUAAUAUAUCGCGUGGUGGAAUGGCCAGCAAUCUAAAGGGCAACAAUACCACGAAUCUAUGGACGCACUUGCGACACAAACAUUCUGAUGAGGUGCUAGUUAAUCCGGUGCAGCAACGCACCAUUAGCCGCCCUUCGACCAUAACAAUAAAGAAAGAGAAAACAUCUCGCAUUGCAAAGGCGAAAGUUGUUCGAGAGCCUCUACGUGUUGCAAAACCAAAGAUCGAAGCGCAUUCGAGUAUAGCUGGUGCAUUGCCUCAGAAGUGGGAGGAAUACGAGCAGAACGAGGAAAUUAGCGAAGAUAUCAAGGACAUCAUCUAUAGCGAAGAUCCAUUGUGCUACAGUCCCAUACAAGUGGUCGAAGAUGAGAUGCUCGAUACUGGCGACAAAGUCACUGUGAUGAGCAGCAACACCAGAACAACAACAGCUCCCGUUGUUGCCACCGUCGUAUCAGCAACCCCUACGAAUGCGGCAAAGACAUUGAAGAACAAUCUGGAAACAUCGAUUGAACGUCUGACCACGGUGAGCGAGCAGUUGAACUACAUCAUUCAGCAGCAACAGGAGCAGCAGACCAAGGACGAUGAUUAUUAUUUUGCAUUAAGCCUUGUACCCAUUAUGCGACAGCUGUCGGUUAGUCGCAAACUUUAUGUGCGCUCAAAGAUUCACGAAAUUCUGUACAAAGAGAGCGAGGAGACUUCCCCCAAAUCUGAAUAAUUGGCUAGGAAAUCGCACCGCUACUAGACAUCUAUCUAUAUCUAAACAAAUAUUCAUAUAGGUUAUAAUACAUAUGCUUAUGUAUUCUGUAUGUUUUGCUGACAUACGAAUUGCAAUCUAUUACGUUGGAUUUACCUAUUAUUAAGCGCAUAUGUAUGUACAGUAACGAAUUACAUUGAUUUAGAACGUAUGCAUGUAUUCAAAUAUUUAAUGAAGCCCUUUUAUAAUUUGAUAAUAAACUUAACUAAGUUCAUCAAAUAGAAAUCAUUAAAAAUAAAUU